CAUCGUCACGAGUUUGUGCGCUAUAUCUUGGGGUUGAGGAUUUUGGGUGUGGUGUUGAUAUGUCGACCCCUCUACCGUCGACGCUGGAAGGUCUCCUGCUAGAGGGCCAGAGGCUAUACACGAAGGUGAGCAAUGCUGACUUCGAUGGCGAUGAAGACAGGGACUACACCACAGCCAGGGCUAAGGCUGCUCUCGAAUCUCUUCAGAUGGGCGUGGCACGCGAAGGGGUAUUUUCUGCAAACGAAGAAGUGGGAGAGAUUGCGACGCCGGUUUUGCCGCUGUUGGCGACAGACUUUUAUUUGGGCUCGUUGAUGAUCAAGUUACCCUUCACAAACCCGCAAAUUCGCCUCAAGGUGUUGGAACAAGCGGAAGCUCUCCUGUUCAAGUAUCUCGAUACCUGCGAGCGCCUGCAAUUGUUCGACGCAGCUGACCUUCAGGCGUGGCAGGCCAUGCUCAAGGAAGCAGAACGUUCAACGUCUGGCGACCGGCAAGCAAUCACGCGAGAGCAGAAAAUAGAGAGGUUCAGGAGACAACAGAGAACCCAGCAGAAGAUGAAAGAGAUUGAAGAACUUCUACGUACGGAGGGCAAGGACUGCGAAGACGAGGGCGAAGGUGACGGCAUGAAGCGAGAAAGGUCGCUCCUGCUAUUGGCUGGUCUAGCUUCUGAGGCUCUAGACGGGGUGUCCGGUAUGAGCAAGGAAACGGAAAUGCUGAAGCACCUCGUGAAAGCCAGGGAACAGGAAGGGGCGGGGCCUGAUGGGCAACAUGCGCGCGCACGUCGAGACGAGGACGAUUCCAUUCGUAGCAACGGUUUAGAGGUCACACACAUUUCACGCGUUGGAGGAAACCUGCAGAUUCGCAAAGAAGAUGUACGUGCUAACGUCUUCAAGCCAACGGUUGCGCUUCCUACUAUGACCGUGGAAGAGUUCGGAGAAAUAGAGCUGGAGCGCGCGACAGAACGCACCCAACAGGAGGCGGCGGCCCAGAAGGAUUCGUCUUCGACGCGGCGAAGAUACGACCAACUGGAGAUGGACGGAGAUGAGGAUGACGAGGAUCUUGUCGAGCAAGCGGCGUAUCACGACCGCGCGUGGGAUGACUGGAAAGCCGAGAAUCCCAGAGGGGCAGGGAAUAAAGCGAACAAAAUAAUUUGACUCGCAAGGCCCUACCCUGCAUCGGAUGUGCACCAGACUGUGUACAACCCCGUGUUCCCGAAGAACCUUCGUAGAAUUGAGUAGGACGGGCUCAAAAGGGCUGCCGUACCGCACCAAAACGUGGCGCUGUAAGCGAAUCCUAUUUUACAGUGAACCUACCUAUUUAGAGAUCGCCAAUGGUGCGCGUUGUAUUCACUGCGCUGUGUAUAUGUACAGUUUGUCGUGGCCAGCAACAGCGAUAAUGUCUUCCUUGGGAUGCCAGGACAUGUGAAGGAUCUUCUUGUCGUAAUCUAUCUCUCCAACAGGAUUCCGCGCCAAUCGUCGCUUCGCUUUCUUGCCGCCGGCCUUUUUGGACGGGUCUUUACAAACCUGUUCGUGAGACGCAUGGGCAUGGCGUGACAAAUACGAAGUCGCCCUGGUUGUCAGUUGUGCCUCGAAUAGCUCAUAUAAAACGCAGUUGCUAGAAGUGAAACGAGGUUCUGGUUACGGACACACUAGGCGUUUUUUGGCAUGUCACCGAUGGGUCAGUGUUUCUUACUUCGAAGUACACUGUGGGCCACAAUUUGGAGUACAUGGUACAUAGCAUACAAACGCGGUUUGAAUGUUUUUCCAGUUGGGCCUCACCAAUGGGCAGGUGCGUUGCUGUAGAGAGAACCUCCCAAGCUGUGCUCUAC